CUGCAAUUGUUCAACCCGCUACUAUCAAUGUCAUGCUUUUUACGUAUUUGUUCCAUUUGAAUGUACUUAGGUUCGCUGCAUUGAUGGAAGAUGCUAUUAUUUGCCAAUAAUCCUUGAAUAUUCGUCGCCUCUUUUUGAUGCCUCAUUGAUGCCCAGAUGAAGGUGUGGAUAACAUGUCCGUAACCACCAGCCCUCCCCCGAAAGGGGCCUCAAAAGAUUAUCAUUCGGCUCCUAUCUCUACUGGCGCUCGUCCUUACAGGUCUCACAAAAUUCGUGCCUGUGAUUUAUGCCGCAAAAGGAAAUCUCGAUGCACUGUGGAUCUGCCAGGCGAGUCAUGCCUUCUUUGCCGCGUUCAAGGGGCGGAUUGUCACUACCGUGAAGGUCCGAUAAAGCCUGUUGGAACUCGGUUUUAUGACCCGAAUACUGGGGAUAGUGGAACACCUCUCAGCGGUUCGCAGACUCCACAGAAACGACUUCGGACCCAUCAAUCCCCAGGCCUCUCAGGGGUUCCAACAUUGGCUGAUGAGACGCCUAGCCCAAAUAGAAGGUCCGCUCCGCGAAGUGACAGCCAAGCUGAUCACAGUUCUCCACGCGCCUUUGGAGAACCAUUUGGAGAAUCGGUCCAUAUUGUUGGGCCAGUUGCUGCUGAGGAUGCUCAGGUUAUUGAGAGGUUCAUGCCAUCAGAGAGCUCGAAAAAGCGAUCGGAUGCUAAGGCUCCAUACAAUGUAUACUCCAACGAUCCUAAGAAACCAAUUCUUUACACGACGGUGUCAAGACGCAGACAAGGCCUACGGACAACUGGAAUCCCCGGUGAGAGCCAGAAAGAAAUUCUCGAGCAGAUUCUUGGCCCAUUUAAGCACGAUCUGGUAAAAAUCUUUCUGGACAGAAUAAACUCUUCAUUCCUCAUAUUCGAUGAAACUUCCUUCCUGGAAUCCAAUAGAACGGACAAUGGAAGCCUCCCACCAGCUCUGAUGUGCCAAGUAUAUGCCCAGUCUCUCAUCUACUGGGACCAGUCUCGUGUUUUGGCGCCACAUCCCAAACCAGACAUUCGAUACGCGGUUAAUCUUGCAGUAGCUGCAUUACACGAGGAGUUUUCUGCUCCAGGGUUAUCAACUUUAAGCGCUUCUUUGAUAGACCUAACAGGCAGACCAAUUUUCUCCAUGACCGGUAAUGCAAUUAAUAGCGGUCGCACAGUGGCUCUUUCUCAUUCCCUUGGCCUCAAUCGUGACCCGAGUUGUUGGAAAUUGUCACGGGCUGAAAAACAUCAGCGUAUUCGCUUGUGGUGGGGUGUACUCAUCCAUGACCGGUGGGCGAGCCACGGCCAUGGUGUUCCUCCACAAAUCAAUAAAAACCAAUACGAUGUACCACUUCCUACGGUUCAAGUCCUAAUCCCGCAAGGAAGCCCUAGUCAGCAGAGGAUAAAAUCAGCGGAGUGUUACAUUGCGUUGUGUCAGCUCACCGAGACUCUAGGCGAUCUACUCCCGCUGAUAUAUGGAUUGCAACCAAAAUCACAAAACGAGACUUCUAAAACGCUUCGAAAAUUGCGGACAAAUUUAGAUUCGUGGGAAGAUUCACUUCCAGAAUGGCUGAAGAGCUCCCCUGCAGAUUCUCCAACUCCUGUUUCGGGAUCAAGCAGCUUAUAUCUCGCGUGGUUAACUUUGAAAAUGCUCAUUUGCCGUGUUGAAUUACAGGAAAUCAAUAAUUCGGAUAACCCAACCAAUCCUGAAGGGCGGCAGUAUUUCCAGACCGAAUGUAGGAGAGCAGCCGAAGAUGUGGUGGAAUUCAUGAUCUCGUUGAAAAGAUCUAAUUUUGACGAAUUCUGGCUGCCUUAUAGCGCUUACCACCUCACGUCAACCGCGACACUUUUGGUCCGAUGUGCCCUCGAAACGUCCGACUCAGACAUCGCCCGAUCUUGCCUUUCCAAGGUAGAUGUACUUCGUGAUGCACUAUACCGAGCCCGAGUAGAGUAUGACUGGGAUCUUGCCGAUAUGUGUCUUGAUCAUUGCGAACGGAUCUUGACCAAACAACCUGGAAUCACUUCCGAUGAGGCGCCAGGCGCGGAUCAAACCAAUCAACCGCCCGAUCUUGCUGCUCUCCCUCUUCCAGAUAAUCUAACGCAGAAUGACAUUGUCAAUGACAUGAUGUCGAUCUCUGGCACAUUCGGUACAAUGGAUGGGUUCCCAUUUGAUAUGACAGGGAUCUGGGAUGUAUCCGGAUGGCAAGAUGACUUUGGCUAAAUUUAGAGAAAACAGCAAGACAGACGUGGCCGCUUCUUUCUAAAUGACAGCCCUGCCAGAGCAUAGUUGUCACAAGACGAUGAGACAUAUGAAAGUGAUUUUGCGGAUGCAUUAUAGCGGCUGACCACAAAAAUAAUAAUAAUGACAGUCAAAUAUUGAGCGGAAUGUACUCCUCGGCGAGUGGAAGUUUUAGUUUCCCGAUCUUUUCUGGCGAAGUUUUCUCCAACCACUAAAGUACUUUCCCACAUGAGGGGACCGGCAAUGCAAUAGCCAACUUCGAGGGGUAUUCUAUAAAAUGCAACUCUACCUACCUCUCCUAAAAUGUAUGGAAUUUACUUCUUCAAUUGGUCUUCUGUCUCAGUCGAAAUAACGACUCUACGACCUGCAAAGUUAAAAUAUACUCCAUAUCGUCCCUUUAAUUAAGUCACCCCUACCCGCUUCAACGGAAUCAACUUCCCGCAAUAACUCCCAGCGUUAGCGAUAUUCCCAGCAACUUAGCUCCUAAGAUAAAACCAGAGUCUGUGGAGAAUGACGUGAAUAAAACGUACAGAUACUCAGCAAUGCCGAACAAGGCCGAACCUGACAAGGGCCAUCCAUCCAGAAAGCAGGGGAUGACUUCAGGUCCGAUGUUUCGACAGUACCUACGGAAAACAUAAUACAGGCAAUUCUCGAAGCCUCAGUUGGGGCCAAGAUAUACGACGAAGCCGGUGACACCUCUGUCAAGUGCUUCAAAAUAAGCUCACGAGCUUACAGGCAAAGAAGCCGCGCGGUGAGCGCUUUCAGGGACGAUGUGAAACCAAAUUUGCCUCCGCACGCACCUGGUGCAGCCUCCCAUACAGUUUUGUUAGAUCAUCGCGCCCAUGUUUACUGCUGGGAAUUGGGAGCUCUCCCGGCAUUAUCGCAGGCUUUGGUGACCCUCGUGAUUCCUAGUAAUGGGAUAUAUUUGACGCUGAAAGAUGUGAAGAAGAGUAUGCUCUUAGGAGAGAACCGUGAGUUUCCC